AUGGAUGGAGGGCUUUCGAUAGAAGACGAAGGAUAUUUUCUGAGUAUAAAGUGUCACGAGAGACCUAUAACGGAAGUUAAAUUCAAUCACGACGGAGAUCUGAUAUUCACGGCAGGGAAGGAUUCCAUAGCCACGCUUCUCCGUGCCGACGGUUCAGUGGUUGGAGAAUAUAAGGGACACCGAGGAUCAAUCUUCUCUAUUGCCAUAGAUAAUAGAAGUGAUGCCUUAAUGACUGGGAGUGCAGAUCAAUCCAUCAUUCUGUGGGAUGUUCCUACUGGAAAGAUGAAAUCUCAAACCGAUCUUGGAGUUGUGGUCAAGGGCUUGGAUUUCUAUCGUGAUGGGACACUAUGUUUGGCAUGCAGUGACGAAACUAUGGGAAAGACGCCUCUAAUCGGAAUACUUGACACACGAUGCAAGGAUUUUAAGAAGGUGCACACACCGGCUUCAUCUCCUACAAAGAUUUUAUUGGACAUAUCCGAGGACUUCCUGGUAUACUGCGAUUCCAAAGGGGGUGUUAGCUCUGUAGAUCUUAGAAACUCACAGGUUAUAAAGAGUGUAAAGGCCCACACUUCCAAGAUAAACAACAUCAGGCCAAGUAGGUGCAGGACAUUCUUCAUCACAGGCUCCAUGGAUUCACAAUCGAAGAUCAUCGACUUUCUUGAUCUAUCUAUUCAAAAAACAUUUGUGUGUGAGGAGCCUGUAAAUUGUGCAUCCGUAUUCAACACAAAUGAUAAGGCUAUUUGUGUUGGGGGAAUCAAUGCAAGAGAUGUAACUACAACCAAGGGAAAAUCAUCCUUCGAUGCAAACUUCUUUGAUGUAGUGACAUGUGAGAAGAUUGGGUCGUAUAGCACACACUUUGGAACAAUAAACUCUGUAGAUGUCCAUCCUUCUGGAAGGCUUUACUGCUCUGGAGGUGAGGAGGGGACUGUUAGUGUCCUAGCAUUUGGGCAGGACUUCUUCAGAGCCAAUUUUACUGUCUUCAAUUAA